CCCUUUGUUACCCUUGUUACCCCUUUUUACCCUCAGUUACCCUUGUUACCCCUUGUUACCCCUUGUUACCCCUUGUUACCCUUGUUACCCCUUGUUACCCUUGUUACCCUUGUUACCCCUUGUUACCCCUUGUUACCCUUUGUUACCCUUGUUACCCUUUGUUACCCUUGUUACCCUUGUUACCCUUUGUUACCCCUUGUUACCCCUUGUUACCCUUGUUACCCUUGUUACCCUUGUUACCCUUUGUUACCCUUGUUACCCUUGUUACCCUUGUUACCCUUGUUACCCUUGUUACCCUUUGUUACCCCUUGUUACCCUUGUUUGUUACCCCUUGUUACCCUUGUUACCCUUGUUACCCUUUUGUUACCCUUGUUACCCUUGUUACCCCUUUUGUUACCCCUUGUUACCCUUGUUACCCCCUUGUUACCCUUGUUACCCCUUGUUACCCUUGUUACCCUUUGUUACCCUUGUUUGUUACCCUUUGUUACCCCCUUGUUACCCUUGUUACCCUUUGUUACCCUUGUUACCCUUGUUACCCUUGUUACCUUGUUACCCUUGUUACCCUUGUUACCCUUGUUACCCUUGUUUUUGUUACCCUUGUUACCCUUGUUACCCUUUUGUUACCUUUUGUUACCCUUUUGUUACCCUUUGUUACCCUUGUUACCCUUUUUUUUUUGUUACCCCUUGUUACCCCUUGUUACCCCUUGUUACCCUUGUUACCCUUGUUACCCCUUGUUACCCUUGUUACCCUUGUUACCCUUGUUACCCUUGUUACCCUUGUUACCCUUGUUACCCCUUGUUACCCUUGUUACCCCUUGUUACCCCUUGUUACCCUUGUUACCCUUUGUUACCCUUGUUACCCCUUGUUACCCUUGUUACCCUUGUUACCCCUUGUUACCCUUGUUACCUUUUGUUACCCUUGUUACCCUUGUUACCCUUGUUACCCCUUGUUACCCCUUGUUACCCUUUGUUACCCCUUGUUACCCCUUGUUACCCUUGUUACCCUUGUUACCCUUGUUACCCUUGUUACCCUUGUUACCCCUUGUUACCCUUGUUACCCUUUGUUACCCUUGUUACCCUUGUUACCCUUGUUACCCUUGUUACCCUUGUUACCCUUGUUACCCUUGUUACCCUUGUUACCCCUUGUUACCCCUUGUUACCCUUGUUACCCUUUGUUACCCCUUGUUACCCUUUUGUUACCCUUGUUACCCUUGUUACCCUUGUUACCCUUGUUACCCCUUGUUACCCUUGUUACCCUUGUUACCCUUGUUACCCCUUGUUACCCUUGUUACCCUUGUUACCCUUGUUACCCUUUUUGUUACCCUUGUUACCCUUGUUACCCUUGUUACCCCUUGUUGCCUUUUUGUUACCCUUGUUACCUUUGUUUGUUACCCCUUGUUACCCUUGUUACCCUUGUUACCUUUUGUUACCUUGUUUUGUUACCCUUGUUACCCCUUGUUACCCCUUGUUACCCUUGUUACCCCUUGUUACCCCUUGUUACCCUUGUUACCCCUUGUUACCCUUUGUUACCCUUGUUACCCUUGUUACCCUUGUUACCCCUUGUUACCCCUUGUUACCCUUGUUACCCCUUGUUACCCUUGUUACCCCUUGUUACCCUUGUUACCCUUGUUACCCCUUGUUACCCUUGUUACCCUUGUUACCCUUGUUACCCUUGUUACCCUUGUUACCCUUGUUACCCUUGUUACCCCUUGUUACCCUUGUUACCCUUGUUACCCCUUGUUACCCUUGUUACCCUUGUUACCCCUUGUUACCCUUGUUACCCCUUGUUACCCCUUGUUACCCUUGUUACCCUUGUUACCCCUUGUUACCCCUUGUUACCCUUGUUACCCCUUGUUACCCUUGUUACCCUUGUUACCCUUGUUACCCUUGUUACCCCUUGUUACCCUUGUUACCCUUGUUACCCUUGUUACCCUUGUUUACCCUUGUUACCCCUUGUUACCCCUUGUUACCCCUUGUUACCCUUGUUACCCUUGUUACCCUUGUUACCCCUUGUUACCCCUUGUUACCCUUGUUACCCCUUGUUACCUUUGUUACCCUUGUUACCCCCUUGUUACCCUUGUUACCCUUGUUACCCCUUGUUACACUUUGUUACCCUUUUUACCCUUGUUACCCCUUGUUACCCUUGUUACCCCUUGUUACCUUUUGUUACCCUUGUUACCCCUUUAUUACCCUUGCUACCCUUGCUACCCCUUGUUACCCUUGUUACCCUUUUUAUCCCUUGUUACCCUUGUUACCCCUGGUUACCCUUGUUGCCCUUUUUACCCCUUGUUAGCUUUGUUACCUCUUUUUAACCUUGUUACCCCUUGUUACCCCUUGUUAUUUUUGUUACCCUUGCUACCCUUGUUACCCCUUGUUACCCUUGGUACCCCUUGUUACCCUUGUUACCCUUGUUACCCUUUGUUACCCUUGUCACUCUUUGUUACCCUUGUUGCCCAUUGUUACCCUUUGUUACCUCUUGUUACCCCUUCUUACCCUUUGU